UACUUUCUUCGGUAUAUUUCUGUUAACUUAGGGAAUUUUGCAUUGGAAAAUACGCUAGAAGAAAAAUGUCAUAUAAUAUUUUUUAUUCAAAGAAGAAAAUAGAUAAAAACGCUUUAUCGCAGUAUAUCUCUCUCAACUGCGUAUUAAAGCUCGAACAAGAGUGAUAUAUGUGAUAUGGAUACUCAAUUUCUUUAUAUUCAUCGACUUUCUAUGGUCGCAAUUGGGUUAUGGCCUUACCAUCGAAUAAUGCUUGUUCAACUUCAGUGUUCUGUGUUUUCUCUUACUUUGAUUAGCUUUAUUAUAUUUCAGCUUACAACAUUUCUAACUACAGAAUGGACUAUUGAGUUUAUCGUUGAAAUUCUUUCUACAUCAUUUUUUAUUCUUUUGAGCGCAACAGUUUAUAAUUCUUUUUGGCGUAACACGCAUGUUGUUAAGCGUGCAUUGCAAAAUCUUCAGUAUAUCUGCAGUGACUUAAAGGACGACAACGAAAUUGCCAUAAUAAAAAGAUACGGAUACAUUGCAAAAUGUGCUACAAUUGGAAUGACAUUGUUCAUGAUGUGCCUCUUCUUUAUCCUAACUCUUUUGCCAAUUCUGCCGCGGAUUUGCGGCAUCUUUUUCCUCGUAAAUGAAUCCGAGCCAUAUCGCAAUAUAUAUAUUAGAACUGAAUAUUUUGUCGAUGAAGAAAAAUAUUUUUAUUUUAUUUUGCUGCAUCUGUACGCAGUCCAGUACAUAGCUGGAGGUACAACAUUAGUGGCAGGUACAUUUCUGACAGGUUAUUUCACAUAUUGUUGUGGAUUAUGUAACAUUGCCAGUUACCGUAUCGAACAGGCAAUGCGGAUAAAGAGUGACGAUGUAACUAAUCCGACUAACAAGAGACAGGUUGACAAGAAGAUAAGUCAUGCAGUGGAAAUUCAUCGCACAACUCUUAAGAUUCUUGAAUUCUGUUUAUAUAACUUCGAGGAAACAUGCUUUCUUAUAAUAGUGCUUAUUGUAAUUUGCUUGAGUCUUCAUCUGCUUGGAAUUCUUCAUGCUGUUUGUUUUGCGUUUAGGAUGGAAGAAUUUCUAUCACACUUUGGUUUUACGAUUGGCUUUUUAGGAUUUUCCUUUGCAGGCAACUAUGUGGGUGAAGCAAUUACAGAUCACUAUAAUUACAUAUUUUCAACCGCAUAUACUAUUCGAUGGUACGUUGCACCUGUACGCGUACAGAGAUUAAUAUUGUUUCUUUUGCAAAGAGGUACUAAGUCUUAUGGCCUGAUCUUCGGUUGUCUUUAUACACUAUCUUUAGAAAACUUUGCUUCGCUUUCAACUACAUCAAUAUCAUAUGUUACUAUUAUAUAUUCUAUACAAAAGUGAUAUUUGUAUAAACCAACAAAUGUUAUGUUAAAAACAACUAUUAAAUUCGAAGAUGGGUUUCCGUUCUUAAAAGUUCCGUUCUGAAAGAACAAGUUUUUGAAAUUGUAAGAAACUGAAUAAAGAGAAUGAAAUAUUUCCA